AGUUUUCAAGUUGAAAGUUGUUCUUCAUCUUCCUUUUCUUUUUUUCUCUAAAAUUGUGAGUGAUUCUCAAAAGUGUUGUAGUGUCUUUAAAGUGUGAAUAUAAUACAAGUAAUUUAUUUACUUGUUUAUAAUCCAAUGUUUUAAUAGGAAAGGCCUAAAGCAAGUUAGGAUGAUCGGAUGCUCGUGGAUAGGUCCGGUCCAAACACUCGGCCGUUACGAUCCAAUGCCAUUUCUGUUCAGAGACACAAUUCAACUCAACGGGAACCAAGUGGUGGAAUGUGGAUGGAAGCUUGAUUCAAAUCUGGCAGGCUCCGAGUCUUCUCUUCCCCACAGGCCACGAGCGAGCAACAAUUUGUGGUUUUGUAUGUAUGAACUCGUUCGCUCGUCAAAGGACGCGCUAUGGACUCGGCCAUAUGCGUGAAAGUCAUACGCUGGCUUUCAGCCACUUCCAUAUAUGGCUGAGCAAUCCACCAAUUUGUGCACUGACCAGAUUUCCAGCUCCGGCAAUUUUUUUUCUUUUGCAUUCAUUGCGAGUGUGUGAAGCUAGAAGGUGCUCCGAAAACAUAAGAAAUGCAAAAAAGAAAUUUGCAAGGCCCGUGACGAGAGUUCGCGACUCGUGAGAUUCAUAUGUUCUUUUCAUUCUGCUAAAGAUCUGUCUCCACCUGACACAUAAUUUUCACCGAGAAAUGCAGACCAAGUAGAUACAUUUCUAUAAAGCCUGAAGUAGCGUUGUGCGAAGAAAUGACAGAGAUGACGUUAACAGCAGUUGCUUGCUGCAUGUACUAAAUGCUGCUCGUUUGUUGCGUGUCCAGUUAAAGGCAAAGGAGAUGAGGAAUAAAAGGAGAUGAAUUAUCAUUUCUGGUUGCGCAAGUCGAGACUGAGCUCCCACUCGAAGGAAGCAUGAGGGGCAAAUAGAGAAGCAAGUCGAGUAGUAGGUGUAGUGCUCUUACCUUAUUUUCAGGUUACUUGUGUGAAAAAGUUGAUAUUUUUCACACUUUCCAUGUAAUUUCCGUUUUAACCGAUACAUAUAUAGAAGGGCUAAGAGGAGAGGCAGAGAAGUUUCCAUCGAGAAAGGCGUAGCUUUUGUAGUCGUCGUCUCGUCUUCCUCGUAGCUGCUGGCGGCCAUGGGGUGCUGCAAUUCCUUCCUGCGGUCGGAGAGCGAGAAGUGGAGCCACCAGAGCCAGCAGCAGCAGCAGCGCCGCCGCCCGUCCUUGUCGCUCCAGGCGGCCGAGGACAGUGGUGGGGGCGGCCGAGGGCGAGAAGUGCCGGCCUUUGACCAGUUCUCGCUGGCGGAGCUCAGGGAGGCGACCAACGGAUUCAUCCCUGAGAACGUCGUGUCGGAGAGCGUAGACAAAGCCCCUAAUGUGGUCUACAAGGGCCGGCUGCAGAACCGCAGGUGGAUCGCCGUCAAGAAGUUCACCAAGACUGCCUGGCCUGAUCCCAAACAGUUCGCCGAGGAAGCAUGGGGAGUUGGGAGAUUGAGGCACAGGAGGCUGGCGAAUCUAAUUGGCUACUGUUGUGAAGGAGAUGAGAGACUCCUGGUGGCUGAGUAUAUGCCAAAUGACACCCUUGCAAAGCAUCUCUUCCACUGGGAAAACCAAACUAUUGAAUGGGCUAUGCGUCUAAGAGUUGCAUUCUAUAUUGCCGAAGCCCUUGAAUACUGCAGCAAUGAGGAACGACCACUGUAUCAUGACCUGAAUGCUUACAGAGUCCUUUUUGAUGAGGAUGGUGAUCCACGACUUUCUUGUUUUGGUUUUAUGAAGAACAGCCGGGAUGGGAAAAGUUAUAGCACUAAUCUAGCAUAUACACCACCAGAGUAUUUGAGAAAUGGGAGAGUAACUCCAGAGAGUGUGAUAUUUAGCUUUGGCACUGUCCUUUUGGAUCUUCUGAGUGGAAAGCGCAUUCCUCCUACUCAUGCUCUUGACAUGAUACGUGAUAAAAACACUUUAGUCUUAAUGGAUUCUCACUUGGAAGGAAAUUUCUCAACUGAAGAGGCAACUACACUAGUUGACCUUGCUUCUCAGUGUUUACAGUAUGAGCCUAGGGACCGACCCGGUACAAAGAAGCUGGUGGUAACACUUGAACUAUUGCAAAGAAAAUCAGAGGUGCCAUCUCACAUAAUGAUGGGCCUUGAGAAGCAGCAUGAAGAAGCUCCACCUCUGCAGCAGCCUCUGUCACCUAUGGGGGAGGCCUGCUCUAGAAUGGAUCUUACAGCCAUCCAUCAGAUUUUAGUAAUGACUCACUACAGAGAUGAUGAAGUAACUAAUGAGCUAUCAUUCCAAGAAUGGACACAGCAGAUGCGGGAUAUGCUGGAAGCACGCAAGCGAGGGGAUUUUGCUUUCCGCGACAAAGAAUUUAAGACAGCAAUUGAGUGUUACUCUCAGUUCAUAGAUGUCGGUACUAUGAUUUCGCCGACUGUCUAUGCUAGGCGAAGCUUAUGCCAUCUUUUGUGCGACCAACCUGAUGCAGCUUUACGAGAUGCUAUGCAAGCACAAUGCCUUUACCCUGAUUGGCCGACUGCUUUCUAUAUGCAAGCUGUUGCUCUUGCCAAGCUGAACAUGCAGGGUGACUCCCUGGACAUGUUAAACGAAGCUGCAAAGCUUGAAGAGAAGAGGCAGAAGAACACUAGAGGUUCCUAAUUAUGCUCAUGUAAUUGUAUCUUCUCACUAUGCUCUUGUUCAUCUGUGCUUGCCGUGCCUGGAAAAGAAAUAUUAUAGAGGGAAAAAAAAUGUUUCGAUUAAUUUAAUGUAUUUGGUUUUCCUUAUCUGUUAUAUCUGAUUAAUUGAGAGGUUUCUGAGUCAAUCAAGCGUGUACGCCUAUUUAACAUAUCACUCUUCAUAGUCGCAGUUAGCACAUCACUGCAAUAAUUUCUGAUCUAAAA